AUGGUACAGGUAGAACCACGUGGAUUUAAAAAGAAAAAAAAUGAAAGUGUCAUUAGCUGUGCUGAAAAAGUUAUUGAUGAUUUAAAAAAACAAAAUUUAAAUUUAAUCGAAGCCAUGGUUAAAAUACAAAAAACUCAUUCGGAGGAAAAGAAAAAUUUUAAUGAAACGCUUUUGAGCAUUGAUAAAGCACUUUCUUCACUUCCUAUAAGACUUGAAAAAAUAAGACUUAAAAAUCAAAAAAAUUUAACUAUAUUAAAUAAUAAUAAUGAUGAUUUACAAGCCAACGGAGACAACGUGGGAUACAUGGAGGAUAUGAUACUCGAUAAGAAAUCCGAUAAUUCGACGACAUUAAAUUCAAUGCAAGACGUUAAUUAUUCCGAAUCGACCACAAUGAAAUGCCUAUUGAAAAAAAUCGAUCAACUCAAUCAAUUGAUCGAUAAAAUAAAAAUGGAGGAUUCAUCGAUACCCAUCGAACCUUUAAUAAAUAACGAAUUGUUUGCCAUAUCCUUACUUAAAAAAGAAAUUCGAGAAACUAAAAGACAAAUCGAUGAAAAUAAAACUUAUACGGAAAUUGUCAAAACUCAAAAACCAGGUACGUGCAAAUUAAAACCUGAAAAUUUAUUUUCAAACGAACUUAACAAAGCGAGUAAUUUUAAAAUAUUUGAAAAUCACGUGGUUUUACAAGAGGAAGCAAUGAAUUUACUAACGGAAAAAAUAAAAUCAACGCAAAAUAAUUUAAAAAAAGAAAUUGAAGAAAAAGAAAAUUUAAUAAAAAAAAAUCAAGACAUGACGAAAGAAAUAAAUCAAUUGAAAUCAAUAUUGAAAAAUUGUUCGUCGACAUUUUCGAUAAACGAUGAUAAUAUAUCGAUAUUAUCGAAUUCUCGUAAAUUCGAUAAUAAAAUUCAAAUCGAUACAACCGGUAUGAGUUGUAAAAAACCCUACAGGCUCUCGUCGGCGAAUUCGAAUAAAAACGUUUUAUUAGAAUCGGAAAAGAAAAAAAAUAACGAACUUGAAAAUUCGUUGAAAAAUAUUAAAGCCCAAUAUAAAACGUUAGAAUAUCAAUCAAAUGCGACUCAAUCAUUAAAUAAACAACUUAAAAACCAGAUAAAAAUUGUUACAGCAAAUGAGCGAAAUAAAAAUGGAAACGAAAAAUCAAACGAAAUCAUUGAAAAUAAUUUCGUAUGA